GUUUGAUUACAUGAGAACGAGGGGACAUGAACAAGAGAGUGCAAGAUGCCGACGGCUUCCGCGGAAGCGUCCGCUACGAAGGGCCGAUCCAAGGCAAGAAUGCAUCUACUGUCUACUGGGGAGUCGACUGGGACGACCCAUCUCGCGGCAAGCAUUCUGGCGAAUCUGGCGGAGUUCGAUACUUUGAAGCUGCGCAUCCCACCAGUGGGUCGUUUGUGCUGCCAGAGAAGGUCAGUUUGGGCAUUGGCAUCUUGGAAGCAUUGCACGAGCGCUACAUGCAAAGCGAAGACCUCGAUUCCCGCGCAGCUGGGCGCGUCGGUACUUCCAGCGGGAGUUCGAAGCCCAUUCAACUUGUUGGGGUGCGCAAGAUCCAGGAGAAGCAAGACCUUGGGGUCAUCGGAAAGGUGUCGGUCGAGGGGAGCCAAAUUUCACACAUUGGCAACGAAGGUGAGCUCUACCGAGUGGCGCCAAACAUCGUCGAGCUCAACUUGGGCUUCAAUCUCUUGUCGUCGUGGAGCGAGGUUCUGAAGCUCUCGACGGAAUUGCCUCAGCUCGAACACUUGGUCCUGAGCGGCAACAUCCUCACGUACGACGUCGACGUGGCGGCGCCUCUCGUGACGUUCCCAACCGUGCACGUUCUCGUAAUGCAUUACACUCGUACAUCGUGGGGAGACCUCCUGCGCAUCUGCCGCGACCAUUUCCCUGCCCUCCGCGAACUUCAUGCUGCCUCCAAUCAACUCACCGAUGACGCACUGCGCCAAGCAGCGGACAUUCCAUCGUUGUUGGAAGUUGUGGAUUUAUCGCACAACCAAGUGACGGAAUGGUCGAGUGUCGAGAGCGCCGUUGGGACAUGGCCUCGGCUGCACACCCUCUCUUUGAACGGCAACAAUCUAGCCCAAAUUCAGCCGCCCGCACCAUCGUCGUCUCUCUUCUUGCAGCUCGCGUCGUUGUCACUCUCGAACAACGCAAUUGCGGACUGGGCAUCUAUCGAUGCACUCAACUCGUUUCCGUCGCUGGAGGCCCUUCGUCUGACCAGGAACCCGCUCCUCAUGAACGUCGGCUCUGCCGAAGCGCGCAUGCUCGUGGUCGCCAGAUGCGCGUCGCUCAAAGUUUUCAACUCCAGCGACGUUCGCCUCAAAGAGCAUCAAGAUGCAGAGCACAUGUACCUGAAGCGCAUUCUCCAUGAAAAGGCGACCGUGUCAGCCUUUUCUAACCGCACGACACUGCUGACGCACCACCCUCGCUUUCCCGAGCUCCAAUCGCUCUACCCCGACAUUUGUGCGGCCCAUGACGCGGCAACGACGACGCUGGGCGCCACGACAGGUCCAGCGGCGCUUGCCAAAAGUUUAGCCAAAGUCACGUUUGUUCCGAUGAGCAUGAAUGCGACCACGAUGGACACAAUGGUCAAGGCGCUCCCGUUGAGCAUGAAGGUUGCCCAAGUCAAGUUGCUGGUCGAGAAGAAGUAUGGGCUCUUGCCAACCCAACACCACUUGUCGUUUCGAGCGUCCAAAAAGGCCAUGCCGAUGCCACUCGACGACGACAAUGGAGAACUCGGGUACUUUGGCGUCCAAGAGGGCGGCGAGCUCUUGAUCAAUGAUCUCUUGUGACGCGAUGCAUACUAUCCAACUCGAUGAUUCCUGAUUUUGUGCCA